GCUUCAUAUUGGCCAAUAUUUAGCAAACAGUUGCCUGUAGAGGCAUCUGCUCCCCUCCCCUCUGCCCCCCACCCCUCCACUUUACUCUCGCCCCCGAGCUCCUCUGUUCUCCGUCUCACUCCUCGGUGGUGCAUCGAUAAUAGGCAACUCCACUUUUUCACCCUUAUUUUUUUAACAUUCUUUCUCAACACUGGACCUAAUCACCAGUGUUUUAAUGUCACGUCGCGUUAGAAGCUUAACAAAAUGGAGCUUUCCAACAAACUCCGUUGGGACCAAUUCCUGAUUUUGGCAGCAGCACUUAUGUCACCUGCAUUAACUGUGCUGUGCAAUGAUAUUCUCAGCCUAAAGAUGGCAGGAGAUCCAGUUCUGACCCCUCACUCUGUGUGUUUGAGGCUGGCAGGCCUCAGCAAGCGUCAGAUGCGGAUGUGUGUGCGGAAUCCAGAUGUGACCGCAUCUGCUCUGCAGGGCAUCCAAGUGGCCAUCCAUGAAUGUCAGCACCAGCUCCAGGAUCAGCGCUGGAACUGCUCCUCUCUGGAGGGCUACAGCAAACUGCCUUUCCAGACCACCAUCCUCAACAGGGGUUUUCGCGAGAGUGCCUUCUCCCUGGCUUUGUUGGCAGCGGGUGUGGCUCAUUCUGUGGCCUCAGCCUGCAGCAUGGGCAAGCUGCGGGGGUGUGGCUGUGAGGCAAAGCGCCACCAGGACGAUGACAAGAUCAGGCUGAAACUCACCCAGCUGCAGCUGCAGACUUUACAGAAGGGAGGGGUAGGCAUCGACAUGACCAGGUCACUUCCCUCAGACUUAAAUGGCCACCAUGGCAACCUGGCCCCCAACCUACAGGCUGUACAUGCCUCUGCCUUUAUCAAGCCUUUAUCAGAUGAAUUAAGCUCAAUGCAAGACACCUGGGAGUGGGGGGGCUGCAGUCAUGACCUACGUUUUGGAGAUCGUUUCUCAAGAGACUGGCUUGACUCCCGUGGAUCUCCCAGAGACAUCCACGCUCGCAUGAGGAUACACAACAACCGUGUGGGACGACAGGUAGUAACUGACAACAUGUCCAGGAAGUGCAAAUGUCACGGCACAUCUGGGAGUUGUCAGUUCAAGACCUGCUGGCACGUCUCUCCAGAGUUCCGUCUUGUGGGAUCUUUGCUCAAAGAGAAGUUCUUGUCGGCUGUCUUUGUCAACUCUCAGAACAAGAAUAAUGGCGUUUUCAACCCCCGAGCAGUAAACAGUGCCAGCGGAAACCCUGAGGGGUUCAACGGGGGCCGUCGUCGAAGCAUGUCCAGAGAGCUGGUGUACUUUGAGAAGUCCCCAGAUUUCUGCGAACAUGACGCAUUUUUAGAUUCUCCAGGAACGCAAGGACGCAUUUGCAACAAAACUAGCUACAGCACAGACAGCUGCAGCUCGUUGUGCUGUGGCCGAGGACACAACAUCCUCAAACACACACGAAGUGAGAGGUGCAAUUGCCGGUUUCACUGGUGUUGCUACGUGUUGUGUGAGGAGUGCCGACUGACAGAGUGGGUCAACGUGUGCAAGUAGAUUCCAGUGCUCCUAGUUGUGGCUGCUUUUACCCAUCCAGGAUUCAAGAUGGCUAGUCAGUCCUUUUGCCUAUUUUUUUAGACUUUUGUUGUCCUUUUUUGUGUGAUUCUCACAGAGAAACUGUUUAUCCACCCCUUUCCCUUUUUUCUUCCAUCAUCUGGGAUCUAUUUUCUCUUUGUAGCCGCUGUUAUUCUCAAAAUGCCAAGUCAGAGAUUGAAGAGGUGACUCAUGUCGUUUGUCUUAGCAUGGCCUGUUUAGUCCUGCAUUCAGCCAAUAAAACAAUCUUCUCUGUCCCACCAAACAGGAGAGCAACCACAGGGAAGCGUUUCUUUUCCCAUGUGCGCGUCCUCUUUGAAAUCUUUUUUGUACAGUAGCUGUGUAUUUUGUUUUGUACAUUUCUUAUUGUAAAUGAAUUCUGAUUAAUGUAAUUAUCUUAACAGAUUUUGUCUUUAUUUUUAAUGGUCAGAAACUCAACAGAGUUUCAGCACAGUUUAUUACAACUUCUACCUACUAUUCAUGUACUAAUUUUUUAUCAUUUGUAACCGUGACUCAGACUCAUUGAUGAUUUUUGUUUGGGUCAGCUUCAAAGACUCUCAGGGUUUUAUUAACUAAAAGGUAUUUCAAGGAGAUGUGAAGAGCAUAAAGGGAUUUUAUACUAAACAUGCACUUUCAGGAACUUGCUAUAUAUUCUUGUAAAACUCAAUUUUUGAUGCAAGAGUUCAGCCUUUCGUGUAUUUUUGUUAAAACAUCAACCUAACAGCCAAAUUGCUAAAGUAUUAUAUAAAAAGAAAACGUGUGGGUGA